AUGAAUUCAUACAGAUCUCGAACCUGGAUAAGUGAGAAACUCGGUGAGAGAGAACCCUCUAUAAGUGAGAAACACGGUGAGAGAGAACCCUCUAUAAGUGAGAAACACGGUGAGAGAGAACCCUCUAUAAGUGAGAAACACGGUGAGAGAGAACCCUCUAUAAGUGAGACACACGGUGAGAGAGAACCCUCUAUAAGCGAGAAACACGGCGAGAGAGAACCCUCUAUAAGCGAGAAACUCGGUGAGAGAGAACCCUCUAUAAGUGAGAAACACGGUGAGAGAGAACCCUCUAUAAGUGAGAAACACGGUGAGAGAGAACCCUCUAUAAGUGAGAAACACGGUGAGAGAGAACCCUCUAUAAGUGAGACACACGGUGAGAGAGAACCCUCUAUAAGCGAGAAACACGGCGAGAGAGAACCCUCUAUAAGCGAGAAACUCGGUGAGAGAGAACCCUCUAUAAGUGAGAAACACGGUGAGAGAGAACCCUCUAUAAGUGAGACACACGGUGAGAGAGAACCCUCUAUAAGCGAGAAACACGGCGAGAGAGAACCCUCUAUAAGCGAGAAACUCGGUGAGAGAGAACCCUCUAUAAGUGAGAAACACGGUGAGAGAGAACCCUCUAUAAGUGAGAAACACGGUGAGAGAGAACCCUCUAUAAGUGAGACACACGGUGAGAGAGAACCCUCUAUAAGCGAGAAACACGGCGAGAGAGAACCCUCUAUAAGCGAGAAACUCGGUGAGAGAGAACCCUCUAUAAGUGAGAAACACGGUGAGAGAGAACCCUCUAUAAGCGAGAAACUCGGUGAGAGAGAACCCUCUAUAAGUGAGAAACACGGUGAGAGAGAACCCUCUAUAAGCGAGAAACUCGGUGAGAGAGAACCCUCUAUAAGUGAGAAACACGGUGAGAGAGAACCCUCUAUAAGCGAGAAACUCGGUGAGAGAGAACCCUCUAUAAGCGAGAAACUCGGUGAGAGAGAACCCUCUAUAAGCGAGAAACUCGCGAGAAACUCGGUGAGAGAGAACCCUCUAUAA